UUUCCUUAAAACGACAGAGUUUUCAAGUCCUGUCCGACUCUUACGUUUCCUUAGCCAGCGCCAUUGAUCUGUGCGAUUUGAAAUCGGAAACUCGGAUACGGUGAGAUGAAGAUUGAUCUGAAUAAAGUGGCUCGUAAGAUCGAGGUGGAUAAUCGUAUCCCUCUCCGUAACUACUACCGCAUCGCCGAUAAUCUCCUCCGACAGGCCAGCAUAUAUCGCGACGAGAAGAAUGUCGUAGAUUUGUAUAUCAUGCUUCUUAGAUAUUCAAGUUUGAUUUCUGAAACCAUUCCUUUCCAUCGAGAUUACCAGGCAUCGCUUCCACAAGAAAGACUUGGGAGUAGGAAGAGGUUGCGUGCUGUAAUCAAUGAGCUCGAGUCUCUGAAACCCGAAUUCAACCGGCUUGUAGAUAAGCUAAACAGAGCUGAGGAGGAAUCUCACAGGGUUGGAAAUGACCUCCCAGUUGUAUCAUAUAGUUCAGAUGCUGUUGAAUGGCCUCCUGCCCACAAAGCUUCAUCAUACUCCAGUCAUGAUAUCAACAAGGCAGCCUUAUCGACAUCACAACCAUCCUGGACGUAUAACAAUAAUAUAACUUCAUCUUCAAAUCGUACACCAAUUGAUCAGCAAUUCCAGAAGCUAUCAUUUGAUUUUCUGCCUCCGAACCAAGCAACCUUGUCUAGACAUUCAUUUUUAGGUCCAAAUGGUCUUAAAAGUCAGUGGGUUGCACCCACGUCGGAGAUAAAGGUUCAGUAUCCGAAUAAUACCGAUUGGGGUUCUGCUGAAAAUUCAGGUUUGAUUGAAGCUGCACCGAGUGGUUCCUCAACAUCACUUAAUGGUGAUUCUCAAGAGGUUGCAACGCUGAACUCUGUGCUCUCCUUAGAUGAUGGUCGAUGGCAGCGUCAUUCUGAGGCAAUAAAUUCCCAAUUUAUUAGUGACGCGACUGAAGACCCCUUUCAGUUUGUUGGUAUGAGGCAACCUUCCCCUCCUCCUGUGCUUGCCCAAGUGCAUCAAGAGCGAGCCCAAAUUUGCCCAUCUAAAGUUGCUGAUCCUAGACCAGGACCUGCAAUUUCUGCUCUAGAAGGAAAAGAGGGCAGUAAUACUUAUCAGCAUUUGCAUGUUCCGGUGCGGAUAAUGGAUGAUUUCCUAAGGCUAGCUCGGUCAAAUACAGAAAGGAACUUAGAAACUUGUGGAAUACUUGCUGGCUCUCUGAAAAACAGGGUUUUUCAUAUCACUACUCUCAUAAUCCCAAAGCAGGAGUCCACCUCUGAUUCCUGCCAAACACUAAACGAAAGAAAUUUUCGAAGUACAGGACAGACUCUCUCUAUUUCCCUUGGGUUGGAUUCAUACACACCCUACUCAAACUUGCUUCAUGUCAUCGGUUGAUCUUCAUACACACUAUUCCUAUCAGAUAAUGUUACCAGAAGCAGUUGCAAUUGUAAUGGCUCCAACAGACGAAUCAACACCUCACGGGAUAUUCCAUCUCUCAGAUCCAUCAGGCGUAUCC